UCAUGUCUAAGUGUUACGAUCCUUUCUGGAAUGAAUUCUCCAACCCCAAACCAUAUUACUUAACCCUGACAACCUUGAGCCUAUCUCCAUCCUAAAAAGAGCUGUAUACCCUGCCCAGACUACCCCACUCCCUACUUGAAUCACUCCAUCAAAAUAACACGUUUUGUGCCAAAAGAAAAAACCAUAAGUCAAUUUCCUUUUCAUUUCCCUAAGCUAGGGCCGAAACACACCAAGCCAAACAACCAUAUUUCAUCACCCAACAUCCCACAAACAUUGUCCCCCCCUUGUCCCCUAGUACAACCGAAAUAACAAGCACAACAAGCCAAGGGAUAUUUUUGAUUACUUUGACCUUUAAACCACCAUAAAAGCCACCCUAUAAAAGCCAUAUUUCUCACACCCCACUGUCCCCCACUAUGGCAGAAUGAAUCACUCCCCAACCACCAAAUAUUCACCUCACUAGCCAAGCCAAAAUACCCAACACAUCACCCAUCCAUUUUGCCCUCUAAUAUGGCCGAAAAUCCCCUUCCAUUCAUGAAUAUUCAUUCAUGAAUCCCUGUCCCCAUUUUCCCUGAUUUUAUUCCAUGAAAGGACUCAAGCACAUGACUGCAUUUUCUAGGAUUUGUGGAAGAAAUAGCUUAGUAUUUUCCUUUGUAUGAGUGCCUUUAAAUUUCGGCCAUAGGCCUAUUGUAAUGCUCAGAUUUUUAUUCUUCAUUUCAAGAUAGAAAUACACUGGUUGUAUUCUGUUUUCAAAUCCUAAUUUCUAUAUCUUAAGGUUGGUUUCCUUAAGUGUGAGUGUUAGGUUCUAGUUAUUUAAUUGAGUGUGUAAUAUCUUAAUUAAAUUCUAGACUCAAACCCCAAGUGAGGAUAAGAGUGUGUUAUAUCUCUUAAAACCUACUUGGUUUUUAUCCCUUUUCCCCUCUUAUUUUCCCUUCCAAAUUUUCGGCCCUCCUAAAAAGCACAACCAGUAUCCCCCUUUUUCUCCCCUAUUCUUAUGCCUUUAAACCAUCUUAAAAAUCAACCCUUCAUCCUCCUCCAUAUACUCGACCAGUCCACUCCCCUCCCUUUCCAAACCCAAGCUUAAAUAUAUCAUGUUCAUACUUCAACGAGAGUUAGAGUUUGUAGUUUUGUUUACACAUUUUCUUCUUACAGAUUGAGCCAGUACCAAGUGGGAAUCUGCCUCCUGGUUUUGAUCCAAGCACAUGCCGCAGCGUGUAUGUUGGGAAUAUUCACCCGCAGGUAACUGAACCUCUUAUGCAGGAAGUCUUUUCUAGUACAGGUCUUAUUGAAGGAUGUAAGCUUAUACGGAAGGAAAAGUCAUCCUAUGGUUUCAUUCAUUACUAUGACCGUAGAUCUGCUGGCCUUGCUAUAAUGUCUCUGAAUGGAAGGAAUCUGUUUGGCCAGCCUAUCAAAGUGAAUUGGGCUUAUGCCAGUACUCAGAGGGAGGAUACUUCUAGUCAUUUCAAUAUAUUUGUAGGUGAUCUCAGCCCUGAAGUUACCGAUGCCAUGUUAUAUGCUUGUUUCUCCACAUAUCAUAGUUGCUCUGAUGCAAGAAUCAUGUGGGAUCAGAAGACAGGGCGCUCUAGGGGGUUUGGAUUUGUGUCAUUCCGAAACCAACAGGAUGCUCAAAGUGCCAUUAAUGAUCUAACUGGGAAGUGGCUGGGCAGCAGACAGAUAAGAUGCAACUGGGCUACUAAAGGUGCUAAUGCUAAUGAUGACAAACAGAGCUCUGACUCAAAAAGUGUUAUGGAACUAACAAAUGGCUCAUCAGAAGAUGGUAAAGAGGCUUCGAUUGGUGAAGCUCCCGAGAAUAACCCUCAAUACACCACUGUGUAUGUUGGCAAUCUUGCUCCCGAGGUGACACAGGUGGAGCUUCAUCGCCAUUUCCAUUCCCUCGGUGCAGGAGUGAUUGAGGAAGUUCGUGUGCAACGUGAUAAGGGUUUUGGUUUUGUAAAAUACAGCACCCAUGCUGAGGCUGCUUUGGCUAUUCAGAUGGGCAACACACAGUCCAUUCUUUAUGGGAAACCAAUCAAGUGUUCAUGGGGUAGCAAGCCUACAGUGCCUGGCACGGCUUCGACCCCUCUUCCGCCACCAGCGCUGGCACCCUUACAUGGCGGUCUAUCAGCCACCGAUCUUAUGGCCUACGAGCGGCAGGUAGCAAUGAGCAAAAUGGGAGGCUUCAACGCACUCAUGCACCUCCCUCAGGGUCAGCAUGCCCUAAAGCAUGCAUCAAUUGCUAUGGGUAUGGGUGCUGCCAAUGGAGCAAGCCAAGCCAUUUAUGACUUUCAGAAUGUGGCUGCUGCCCAGCAACUCAUGUACUAUCAGUAGUGAGUGAUGUAUCGAGAGUCACGGCCCUUUGUGUUUUUUUUAUUUAAAUUUUGUUUAAUGUUAUAUUUUCUGAUUUUAACGAGGUGGUGCGUUAUGUGUGCCACGUGUAUCACUACAUGUUGUGCAUUGGUGUAUGUUGUGUUUCCCCAUUUGUAGUAGUAGUAGUAGUAGCAACAGCAGCAAUGAAGGGCACCCAUAGUUGAGCUCACUUCUGUUUUUAUUGAAAUGCGUAAUGCUACACAAGUUUUUCUGCUGAGACUUGCUGUGGCAACUAUAAGGAGGUGUAUAGUUUUCCCUUCCAUUUGUGUAUUUAUUUAAGAAUCUUGUUUCCUAUUCUUUGGUUUUUUGUCUAUUUUUUUCUUCUUCCGGACACAAUGAAAUAGUCUCUUUGUG